UGCCUCAGCCUGGAGUUUCAGCCUCGCCUGUGACUGGCCCCAAGGCCAGGGUGUGCUGUCAGGAUGUAUUCGGCACAGGUGUGGGGAUGGGGACGGGGGUGGGCUGCUCUGGCGUUGGCUACCUUUCUCAAUGUUCCUGCUCUUGUUUUUCCAGAUAUGCAAAUCACAGAAACUCCCGAGGCCUAUGUUAAAAUGACUGAAAGCACAUUGAGAACAUCGGCUGUGAAUUCUGGCCUCUCUCUGGGCCGGUGGGAGCCCAGCAGCCAGACAGAGGGCACCAGGUGUCAGGCCCAACAAACCGAGAUAACCCUCAGCUACCCACCCGGCCAGGCCUCCGACACCGGCUACAACAGAGGAUAUGUCAGACUCCUGUCUGAGUGUUCUGGAAGCAUCGACAGCAUCAGGCGAGUAUCAGACAUCCUGCAGGACGAGGAGACAUCUCAACCACCGGGACUCGUGCACCUCAGCAACCUGGAGAAACCGGCUCCAGGUGUGAUCGAGCGCUGGGAGCUGCUGCACGCCCAGGCGGUCAGCAAACAGCUUCGUGUCAAACACGAUCUCCAGCAAUGGCAGCAGCUGAACUCUGACUUGCAGGACAUCUCCACCUGGCUUGCUCAGAUCCAGCCCCACCUGACACCAGCAAAGAACCUGGAACCCGCCACCAGCAUCCACACCAUCGAGGAGAAGAUCAGGAGACUGCGAGACAUCCAGAAGGCGUUUGAUAACUAUAAAGCCAUCGUCAUCUCAGUGAACCUGAGCAGCCGCGACUUCCUGCAGACAGAGAGCGAGGAGGCCGGGGCCCUGCACCAGCGGCUCCACAAUGUCAACCACAUGUGGAACAGCACCUCCCAGAGCCUGGAGGCCAGCAAGCUCUCCCUGCAGGCCGCACUGCUCGCCUGUCAGGAUUUCCACCUGACCACCCAUGGGCUGCUGGUGUGGCUGGCGGGAGCAGAGGCCAGGCGUGGGGCCGUGUGUGUGUCUGACCCCAGCCUGGACAGUCACACCCUGGCACAGCAUCGUCACGACCUGAUGAGCCUGGAGAGGGAGCUGCUGGAGAGACAGGUGCAGGUGAAGGCUCUUCAGGAUAUGGCGUCUCAGCUGCUGGUCACUGCCGACGGGGAAGACUGUAUCGAAGCCAAGGAGAAAGUUCAUGUCAUCAGCAACAAGCUCAAGCUGCUGCUCCGGGAGGUGGCUGAGGACCUGCACAGCAUCAACCUCCAACUGGACAUGGGUCCCGGCAAUGCCAUGUCUGAGCUGGACUUCUCUGAUGGCCCCCACCUGUCCCCGAAAACCAGCACCCCCCUCCAGCACCGAAUGGCGACAGGGAGAGCGCGCAGAAUGGAGGAGACAGCGAGCGGAGGAAGGAGCCGGGAGGUGCCAGGAGCUGCCCGUUCGCUGUUGGCCAGGGUUUUGCGAGCGGCGUUCCCUCUCCAGCUGUGUAUCCUGUUGCUGCUGCUGCUGUCCUGCCUGCUGCCGCUGGGCGAGGACGACUACAGCUGUGCCCUUGCCAACAACUUUGCCCGUUCCUUCUACCCCAUGUUACGCUAUACCAACGGCCCCCCACCCACGUGACACUCUCCAGCCACCCACACAGUACUGUCAAGCCAUCACUCCACCACACCCAUGUAAAUAUUUAUGUAUAUACCACAGCACUGCCAGGGGGUAUUCCUGCCCCCUCAGAGAGGACAGUUCCCUCCCCACGGAACAAUCUACACAACAUAGGAAGCUGGCAAGGGAUCAGAUAUAAAAUUCUAUAAUAAAAUUAUAAAUGUUUAUACCAUUGGA